UUGUCAUUAGUCGCCAUCAGUUGAUUGUAACUGGUUGUAACUGGUUGUAACUUUGAUCGUGCCUUAUGUACCUAUUAUUUGAAGAAUUGUCAUAAUAUAAAUAAUUUAUAUAACUAACUGUGAUAAAAGUUUAUAGUGUUCGCUAUGGGAAAUCUUUGUACUUCGUGUUGCAAUCAAUCGUCGUCAUGUGAAGACUUGACACCGGAUUUGGAAGUUAGAAGACAAAAACAAAGGGAAGCUGCAGAAAGAAAUAUUGCUAAACUGCAAAAUCGAGGUAUUAAAAAUGUAGAAGCUGUUAACAGACAAAAAAUGUUAGACCAGCAGCGCGAAAGACGCGAAGAAGAAGCUAGUAAAAUGAAUGAAAACCCCACACUGAAGUGGCAAGUAAGUUAAUAAAAAAGGCGAAUGGGAAGUCACUGCAUUAUUUGUUAACUUAUUUUAUUGAGCACAUUUAUUAUAUAAGCAAAAUCAUUUAUUACUUGUGCACAAGAAAUGUACACUAUAGGGUACCACAAUUUGACCAUAAUUAUAUACAUUUUUACACAGCCUUUUCUGUGGUACUUUUACUUAUAUAUAAAUAUUUUAUAUGAGAUUCAUUAAAAGAAGAGCCUUGAGUAUAUAUGUUAUGGGUAUACAGAUAAAACAUUACAGAUUAUUAUGCAUAAAUGGUUUUUGCUUAAAUAUUAUAACUAUUUUUGUUAUAUAUAUAUAUUCAGAGAUUUUAAUAUAUUUUAAUAGUGGAGAUAUUUAUAAUGUACACUGUAAUUUAUUAAUUAAUGCUUUCAAUUUAUAUGUGAUAAUAGUAUUGUUUUAAAAUUGUUUAAUUAUUGUUGGUUAAUUCUGUUAUAUUGUUAUUAAAAAAUGUAUUCAAAACUUACAAUGCAUUGUUAUUAACAGUAAUUUAUAUUGCAUAUUCCACAAUGAAAUUGAGGUCUGAAUUCUUUUUAAUGUACAGUGAGUUCAAAUUUCACUUAUGUAAUAUAUAUUUGUGUGUAUGCAUGUAUUACUUCUUAAAUAAAGUAUUAUUUUUUAAAACUUA